CAGAGGUCGCCCUCCCCCUCCCCCCACCCCACCUCCUCCAAGAUGGCGAGCGGCGGCAGCGGCGGGGUGUCAGUCCCGGCGCUGUGGAGUGAGGUGAACCGUUAUGGGCAGAACGGCGACUUCACGCGUGCCCUUAAGACUGUCAACAAGAUAUUGCAGAUCAACAAGGAUGAUGUAACUGCCCUGCACUGUAAAGUUGUUUGCCUUAUCCAGAAUGGAAGUUUCAAAGAAGCCUUGAAUGUCAUCAAUACUCACACCAAAGUGUUGGCCAAUAACUCUCUGUCCUUUGAGAAGGCAUAUUGCGAGUACAGGUUGAACAGAAUUGAGAAUGCCUUGAAGACAAUAGAAAGUGCCAACCAGCAGACAGACAAACUGAAGGAGCUUUAUGGACAAGUGCUGUACCGCCUGGAACGCUAUGAUGAGUGCCUGGCUGUGUACAGAGAUCUUGUUCGGAACUCCCAGGACGACUAUGAUGAGGAGAGGAAAACAAACCUGUCAGCGGUCGUUGCUGCUCAAAGCAACUGGGAAAAAGUGGUUCCUGAGAACUUGGGUCUCCAAGAGGGCACACACGAACUCUGUUACAACGCUGCGUGUGCAUUGAUCGGGCAAGGCCAGCUGACCCAGGCAAUGAAAAUCCUACAAAAAGCUGAAGAUCUUUGUCGCCGUUCAUUUUCAGAAGAUUCAGAUGGGACUGAGGAAGACCCACAGGCAGAACUGGCCAUCAUUCAUGGUCAGAUGGCUUACAUCAUGCAGCUUCAGGGUCGUAUAGAGGAGGCUCUGCAGCUUUACAAUCAGAUAAUAAAACUGAAGCCAACAGAUGUGGCACUUCUUGCUGUAAUCGCAAAUAACAUCAUUACCAUUAAUAAGGACCAAAAUGUCUUUGACUCUAAGAAGAAAGUGAAAUUAACCAAUGCAGAAGGAGUAGAGUUCAAGCUCUCAAAGAGACAACUGCAAGCCAUAGAGUUUAACAAAGCUUUACUUGCCAUGUAUACAAACCAGGCAGAACAGUGCCGAAAAAUAGCUGCCAGUUUACAGUCCCAGAGUCCUGAGCAUCUCCUGCCUGUGCUAAUCCAAGCUGCCCAGCUCUGUCGUGAAAAGCAACAUACAAAAGCAAUAGAGCUGCUUCAGGAAUUUUCUGAUCAACAUCCAGAAAAUGCAGCUGAAAUCAAGCUUACCAUGGCACAAUUGAAAAUUUCCCAAGGUAAUAUUUCCAAAGCUUGUCUAAUCCUGAGAAGCAUAGAGGAGCUAAAGCACAAGCCAGGCAUGGUCUCCGCGUUGGUAACCAUGUACAGCCACGAGGAAGACAUUGAUAGUGCCAUUGAAGUCUUCACACAGGCUAUCCAGUGGUAUCAAAGCCAUCAGCCCAAAUCCCCUGCUCAUUUGUCCUUGAUAAGAGAAGCUGCAAACUUCAAGCUCAAAUAUGGACGGAAGAAGGAGGCCGUUAGUGACCUAGAACAGCUGUGGAAACAAAAUUCAAAAGAUAUUCACACCCUAGCCCAGCUUAUUUCUGCUUACUCGCUUGUGGAUCCAGAGAAGGCAAAGGCUCUUAGUAAACACCUGCCCUCAUCGGAUAGUAUGUCUCUAAAAGUAGAUGUUGAGGCUCUUGAAAAUUCUCCUGGUGCUACCUACAUUCGGAAGAAGGGUGGAAAAGUUACUGGAGAUAAUCAACCAAAGGAACAAGGACAGGGAGAUUUGAAAAAGAAGAAGAAGAAAAAGAAAGGAAAACUGCCUAAGAAUUAUGACCCAAAAGUUACCCCAGAUCCAGAAAGAUGGCUACCAAUGCGAGAGCGCUCUUACUACCGAGGAAGAAAGAAGGGUAAAAAGAAGGACCAGAUUGGAAAAGGAACACAGGGAGCCACUGCAGGAGCCUCCUCGGAACUGGAUGCCAGUAAAAAUGUGAGCAGCCCCCCCACCUCCCCGAGACCAGGAAGUGCGGCAACGGUAUCUCCCUCUACAAGUAACAUUGUACCCCCGAGACACCAGAAACCAGCAGGGGCCCCAGCCACGAAGAAGAAACAGCAACAGAAGAGGAAGAAAGGAGGGAAAAGUGCCUGGUGAUGACAGGGUUCUUGUUGCAGGCUGUUCUUAACCCAGUGUCAGUGACAUUAGGAACAUAAUAAAGGUAACACAGCAGGAAGCACAGAGCUCCCUCCUCCAUCCCCAUAGUCCUGAAAUGAUUUCUUACACUUCAGACAGAAGACAUCUCCUCAGACUGCCCAGUCAAAUCUGGCCUGCAUGUACCAAAUAGCUUUACAGACAGAGGCCUGAAGAUGGCAGCAUAAGACACGUUAUCUAAGGUUUCCCGGGAUUUAAAUAGAAAAGAGUUUCUCCUGUUUCAACUAGUGUGCAGAUACAUGUUCCUAUAAAGUCUCACCUUAAAUUAUGUCUUACAAGGCUAAAAGUGGAGUCUUCUGAGCAUUCCAAGUAUGUGUUUAGAGCUAUCAUGUGAUGAAAAGGGAUCUUAGUAACUGAGCAGCCAGAAAGACUCACCAUCUAAAUAAUCUUAACCAUAAAUUCUGUCCUGUGACCCUGGAGUUGGGAGUCGUUCACGUGUGUGUGUGUUUGUACACAUCUGACUCCUUUGUACUUUGUUGUUUCAUUUUCAGAUUAUGUUAACAUGCUGAUUUAGUUCCACUGAAGACCUCAGAAAAUGUAUCAGUGUUCCAAGUAGUUGCCUCUUAGACCCAGUGUUCUGAGGGCAAAUGGCUGUGGGUGGGCUUCUCAAUCAGAACACUUAAUGGCCACCAUCAAGAACAUAAACUUUGACUUCUUUAUCUUUAAGAGGAAACAGUAUGGUAUUGAAAUUCACAAGAGCAUUUGGCCCUAUUAAUAAUCAGAUGGCUCCCCUUUCUGGUUAUGGGACAUGACUUUCGUUACCUUUUCGAAGUAACAUGGUCUGCAGUCAUUUUGUGGUGUAAAUGUUAUUCUUGUCUUUCAUUGCUAGCAGGCCACUUUCACACUCAACAGUUGUGAGACACAUGUGGGUCUCCCCAUGCUUAGUAUUCACUUAUGUCACCUGAGAUAUCAUUUAUUUCACACCUAUAUUUCCUGUGAUCAGAUUACUCUGUUCUUGUUAAUAAAAGUGCUGCUGUUUGAGCAUUAUCUAUUGGAACUUCUUCAGUGGGUUUCUACAAGGCUUUCCUGCUCUGUGGAGUUAGAAAUAGGGGCUGCUUUUCUGUUGAACAUAGUCAGUAUCUGCAGUGUCUCAGAGGGAUCUGCACCGCCCCCCACCCCCCAGAGGACUGAAUACCCUGUUACAGGAAGACUCAGCGUUGAGGAGCCCAUUACAUCUCCUCUGCUUAAGGACAGUUUUUAAGUUGACCAACAGAAUCUUGAUAUUCUAAACUUUGAGAAUUUUAGUCCAAGACAUCAUGGUGAAAUACAUACAUAGUCAUCUUAGUAGGCAUUACUAGCAGCACUUGAUACUAUCAUUGCUAAGGCACAGAAACCUCAAUUUCAAAUAAGUUAUUUAAACUUCAUCUGUAUUAACAUUUUAGUAACUAUUUGGGGGAAGUCUUUAACUGGUUCAGUGUGUGUGUGUGUGUGUGUGUGUGUGUGUGUGUGUGUGUACACAUGUGCACAUACACAUUAAUAAAGAACGUGGAAAACAUCCAUUCACUGUGUCACAUUUUGAAAUAAAUUUUAAAAUAAACUAGUGGUGAAUGUGAAUAAAGAUGUUUUGGGUAUU